AUGGCAAUUAUAAUGAUCAUAUUCAAUAAUGCAGUUGGAGCUGAUGCUGAUGAAGAUAGAAUUGAAUUACUCUUGUCGGAGGUUAAGGGUAAAGAUAUCACCGAAUUGACUGCAUCUGGAAGGGAGAAGUUGGCUUCUGUUCCUUCAGGUGGCAGUGGUGGUGUUGCAGUUGCCGCUACAGGUGGUAAUGGUGCUGCUCCCGCUGCAACUGCUGCAGCUGAGCUAAAGAAAGAGGAGAAAGUUGUAGAGAAAGAAGAGUCCGAUGAUGAUAUGGGAUUCAGUUUGUUUGACUGAGGAUGGUAUGAAGCAUGUUCUUUUGUGGUUUUUGGAUAUGAUUUUUUGGUAGUAUUUUGUUAGUGUCAUCUUCAAAUGAAGAAUUUUGUAAGACCUUGCAAAAGUUUCUUUUUAGUUUUUAUACAUCAAAUGUUUUUUAACAUAGUUUUAUAUGACCUUUACUUUUGUUAA